AUUCACUUCAUGAUUCUGGUGCUAUAACGUAUAUUGUCAAUUAUAAAUGCUCCGGAAUGCCUUCCGCGACAGGCAUCCGCUGCUCUGGAUGUAACAAGAGCUUUCGAUCACACUAUGCUAAGCAGAGACAUACGUAGGACUCCGAAAACAUCAUCUUUGUCGUCUUUGCCCCGAACCAUUGGACUUUGAGACAUUGGGUGAGUUGAAUACUCACUUCAAGGAUAUCCAUCACAUAUGCACUGUUUGCAAUUAUCGGAGCUUUGGGAACGCCCAUCGACUGGCUCAGCAUGAUAUGGACAAACACAAUAUAUGCAUCGUGUGUCGAAGAAGCUUCCAAACCGCGCAGAAUCUGAAAAUGCAUAAGCUUACCCAUGCUGAAAGGACCAUUGAAUGCGCAGGCUGUGACCGGAUGUUUGUUACUGAAUCCGCUAUGCUGCUGCAUUUGGAAACUGGAACAUGUGCUUCUAUUGCAGACCGAUAUUAUGUCUUGAGAGUAGGGUGAGAGUGCCAUCGAGCAUUUUACUACAUUUCUGUCACUCCAGGUUAUGCCUUUCAGUGUCCAACUUGCGAGACACCGUUUAGUCUAAUGAGUGGCUUGGCCUAGCACAUCGAGAGCGACCACUGCGAUGAGUGUUUGGAUGACGAUAGACCAUUGAGGGUGUUUUUAGAUCAGUUGAGGUCGAGAUUGAGUUAAUCACUUCUGCUUGUUAUCAAUGGAAGUGAG